GUGGCGCUUGUGCGUGGCCGCGGCGGAGGAAGCGGAAGGGCUGGGAAGAUGGCGGCGGCGGGGAGAGCCUGGGGCAGCCGGGGGAUGGAGGCUGCUGCGGGGAGCUGCCGAGCCCAGCUCCCGGCAUGGUGGGGGCUGCUUCUCGCCGUGCUUGCAGCGGGCUCCUGCCAGGGGAAUUCUGUCGAGAGGAAGAUCUACAUCCCCCUGAACAAAACGGCACCGUGUGUUCGCCUCCUGAAUGCCACCCACCAGAUCGGCUGCCAGUCCUCCAUCAGCGGAGAUACGGGGGUAAUCCACGUGGUUGAGAAGGAGGAGGACCUGAACUGGGUGCUUGUUGAUGGCCCACACCCACCCUAUAUGAUAUUGCUCGAUGGGAACCUCUUCAACAGGAGGGUAAUGCUGCAGCUGAAGGGAACCUCACGAGUGUCAGGCCUUGCUGUGGCCGUUUCCAAACCUAGCCCUCCCCAGGGAUUCUCUCCUGGUUUGAAGUGCCCCAAUGAUGGGUUUGGUGUCUAUUCCAAAGAUUAUGGCCCUCAGUUUGCACACUGCAAUAAGACUGUGUGGAAUCCUGUGGGGAGUGGGCUUUCAUAUGAGGAUUUUGACUUCCCUAUUUUUCUCCUUGAAGAUGCCAAUGAGACACAAGUUAUUAAGCAGUGUUAUCAAGACCAUAAUGUUCCUCGUGAUGGAUCUGGCCCCGAGUACCCUCUCUGUGCCAUGCAGCUUUUUUCCCACAUGCAUGCUGUCACCAGCACGGUUACCUGCAUGAGACGCAGCUCCCUCCAAAGCACCUUCAGCAUUAAUCCAGAGGUUGUAUGUGAUCCUCUUCUUGAUUACAAUGUGUGGAGCACCUUGCAACCUAUCAAUUCCUCUGGAAAAGUUGAUCCCAAGAAGGAAGUUGUUAUUGUCGCUACGCGAAUUGACAGCCAUUCCUUCUUCUGGAACAUAGCACCUGGAGCAGAGAGUGCUGUCUCUUCUUUUGUGACCCACUUGGCUGCUGCUGAAGCCCUUCAUAAAGCAUCAGAUGUUCAUUUGCUGCAAAGGAAUAUAAUGUUCACCUUCUUCCAAGGGGAGACCUUUGAUUAUAUUGGCAGCUCACGAAUGGUGUAUGAUAUGGAAAAAGACAAGUUUCCUCUCCGCUUGGACAACAUUCAUUCAUUUGUGGAGUUGAAUCAGGUGGCUCUAAGGAAUGACUCAAUUCUCUGGAUGCAUACAGACCCUGUCUCUCGGAUGAAUGAAUCUGUUGAAGUGCAGCGCUUCCUCCGGGCCCGGCACAUCCCUGGAGUGGUCCUAACUGACCACAAGACUGCCUUCCAGAACAGAUACUACCAGAGCAUGUAUGACACUCCAGAGAACAUCCGGAUGCAAUAUCCCGAGGGGCUUAGCCCUGAGGAGACCUUGGAGUAUGUCACAGACACAGCUAAGUCCCUGGCAGAAGUUGCCACAGUGGUCGCCCGUGCUCUCUACCGGCUUGCGGGGGGAGCCAACACCACCUCUGCUAUUCAGGCAGAUCCAAAAACGGUCUCUCGAAUGCUGUAUGGAUUUCUGAUUAAAAUGAACAAUUCCUGGUUUCAGUCCAUCAUUAAACCAGACAUAAAAGGAAUUCUGGGUGAUGUUCCCCAACAUUACGUCGCUGUUUCCAGCCCUGUGAACACUACCUACCUUGUACAGUAUGUCCUGGCCAACCUUACAGGCACUGUUGUUAACCUCACCAAGGAAGAGUGCCUGAACCCUGAAAAAACACCCAGCAGUGAGAAAGAACUGUAUGAAUAUGCCUGGGUGCAGGGUUCUCUGGAGCCAAACUCAACAUCACGAGUCCCUUACUGUGUUAGGUCAACUGUUCACCUAAGCAAAGCACUCUCUCCUGCCUUUGAGCUGAGGCAAUGGGGAUCUACAGAGUACUCCACAUGGACAGAGAGUCGGUGGAAAGAGAUCCAUGCCCGAAUAUUUCUGGUAGCCAGCAAGGAGCUAGAGAUAAUCACUUUGGUUGUGGGCAUUGCCAUUCUGAUCUUCUCUCUCAUCGCCACAUAUUUUAUCAAUGCCAAAGCAGAUGUACUUUUUAGCAUCCCACGGGACCCUGGGGCUGUGGCUUACUGAAGAUGCUCUCGGGGCUUGAGAAGUCUUAGCCCUUGGAUUACAAUUGUCAAAGAUAAAACUACACUGGAGUGCCCCUCUCUCUGGAUAGGGAUGCAAAUGUUUCUCUCCAGAGCUUCCCUGCUCGGGUUCUGGGGACUGAGCCCUAAAACUUAAGAGACUUUCCCAGAAAACCACGCCGACCAAGCCCUAAAGAAACUGUGACUGAGAAGUUCCCAAAACCUUUCUUUUUAAUUUGUCUUUACUUCUGAGCAACUUGAGAGGAUUGGUCCUGAAUGCCACUGAGACGACAAUGUGAUGGAUGUGUUCCCUAACUGAAGGCAAGGGUAAAGGUAUUUUCUCUGGGAUGUAUGUGGACCAGCAGAUUUCCAUGGUGUCUGACAGCACAGGUUGCCUGUUUAAUGUCCAACAGUUGCUGUGAGUCUGUGUAUACUACAAUGCAGGGAGGGCAAAAUGUGUUUAACAGAUGAUUAGGUGUAAAAUGUCCUUUUUCAAUGGUGCAAUAUUUUCUGGGUUUCGUAUAUAUAUAAAUAGUUCCGUUUAAUUAAAAAAAAAAAACAAACUCCACUUACAAAUUAACCCAUUGCCUGUUUUGUCUUAGUUGCUGCCAAAAGGACCAAAAACACUGAGUAUUGCAAUAUGUUUUGGUCUUGGGAGAAAGAGAGUUUGUCUGAUUUGGUUUUUGACUCUUAUUGAAACUUUUAAUUCUUUCUACAGCUGGACAAAAGAAAGACAUUGUGCCCUCACACAGGACAGGGAAUUAACUAGCUGUUGUUUAGACUGUAAGCUCUCCAAGGCAGGGAUGGCUGAUCACUCCAAACAGCGCUUUGUACAAUGGUACCUUGAUCUCGGUCAUUCCCUAGGCACUGGUA